AUGAGUGUCAGUUUCAAAUAUUGGAAUGACUGUGUUGAUCCCGAGGACUUGGAAGCCAUGUGGAACCACCCUGAUGUGAGAACAGAGUGGGAAGAUGCUGGAGAGACUAAAGGGUUAAGAGUUCACUUAUCAAGGGAUCCUGAUGGACAGCCUUAUUUGACACAAACAGAGAUGAGGGCCGUGGCGGAAAUAGUUACACGUAGACAAUUCGACUCGCAGGUAGAUCCGCUAAAACCAGGAAUUCCAGCUGAUCGGCAAUUGGAGAUACUGAUAGAUUCUUUUGUGGCUGGCGGACCUGCUACAAAUUCUUAUGUUACUCCAACUCUUCAUUUCUGUAUGCUAAUACCAGGAAUUCCAACUGUUGUGCAGGAGAUGAUUUGUGCUAUUGCAGAACUAGAAAGUGACAGACAGCCUCUUGCCGCACGAUAUGAUAAGAAGAACAAUCUGAUUACAAUAGGACUCAUGCAAGUAGACCCUAAAGUAGCAGAGUGGAUUGUCAGGGAACAAGAUUAUUUACUAUUUCCAGUCGAUGAGGAUCCAGAUAUUCUAUACAGGCCUUUUGUAAAUGUAUUUUUUGGAGCAUCUUACCUAAAAUGGUUAUCGAACUUUGAGGGCAAAGUUAGGACUGAAGAGUUUGUCGUCAGAGCAUAUAUAGGUGGUGGUGCAAGAAAAGCAAAUCAUAAAUCAACCCUGCCUUGUUGGAAGGGUUAUCUUCAAGUGAAAGAACAUUUUCAAUCAAGAAAACAUUUUGAUGGUCCUUCGCAUAUCAAAGCACCAACUUCGCCAACUUCACCAGCUUCACCGUCUAAGGGUGAUGACCUAUAUUGGGACAUUAGAGUUUCCUCUGAAGACAUGGAACAGAUGUGGAAUCAUCCUGAUGUCUUCAAGGAAUGGACUAAAUCUAAGGAAAUUCGGGGAAAUGUGCGCUUUUCCUGUGAUAGAGAGAAGAGACCUUAUCUUUCUCGAGUAGAACUCAGGGCAAUUGCAGAAAUAAUUGUUUCCAAGUACUUCAGUACAAGGGGAAUAAAUCCUGCGGUACUUUGUGCUCUGGCCGAUAUUGUUAGCAAUCGAUUUAUAGACGGGAAUGAAUCAUCAACUGGACUAAUGGGAAUUGACUACUCCACUGCUUUCUGGCUUUACACAGAGAUGCGCUAUAGGGCUUAUCGAGUUGAUUAUGCUGAAGAUCUGACAAAUCCAUUUGCGUCCAUGUAUUUUGGAGCUGCAUAUUUGGAUUGGUUAUCAGAGUAUGAAGGAAGGGAAAGGAGUCUGCAAUUCAUCUUUGAGGCUUAUGUUUAUGGGCCAAAAAGUGUACAUCUUGAAGAGACGUGUCCGAAGUGGCUUAAAUUCGAGCAAAUUUUGGCCCGUUAUGAACGAACGAUAAGCCGUCAAGGGAGCUGCAACAUCAUUUAACCUGUGAUAGACAUCAUCCGAUCACCAACUUUUUAGAUGGUUGGACCGAUCGAUGCUGUUGC